AUGGAACCUGAAAAUACAGAAAAUGAAAGUAUGGAAACUGAAAAUGUGGAAACUGAGACUAUGGAAAUUGAAACCAUUUCUUCGGUUUCAGCUCUCCAGGCCCUCUCUAAACUACUUAAUCCUGAAGAAGAGGAUGAUUUUGAAUCUGGACAGUCAAGCUAUUCAUCUGCUGCUGGAGCCAUGGGUCCUGGGAAUAUUGGACCACCAAAAACAGAAGAGCUCAAAGUCAUCCCUCAAACCAGUGAUGAAAAUAGUGAGGAAAUCUGGAAUCCAGAAGAUGUUCCACAAGGAGCAGAGCACGAUGAUAUGUGGGAUGUUAGAGAACUACCGGAGUAUGAGAUUAUAUUUAAACAGCAGGUGGGAACUGAGGAUAUAUUCCUGGGACUCACAAGAAAGGAUUCUUCAACAGCUUGUUGUGAGGAUCUAGUGGUUAAAAUUAAACUGCCAAAUACGAACACUUCUGAAAUUGAAAUUGAUGUCCAGGAAAUGAUCCUUGACCUUCGUACUCCUAAUAAGAAGCUGUUGAUAACUCUUCCCCAUCCUGUGGAAUGCAACAGUGGCAAAGCUUUCUACGUCCAAGAGACUGAGACUCUUGAAGUCACCAUGACUCUGAAGAGAGAGUUGGAUUUUGUUAAUUUCUUCUGA